CAGCGUGCGGCACGGCGACGCCGGCAUGCGCCGGCGUGACGCGGCCCCGCGGGAUGGGCAGGGCCAAGGCCGAGGCGGCGACGGCGGCUGCUGGGAGAGCUAGAGGCAGCGGCCGCACGACGGCCCUCCGUUCCGACCGCCAUGAGCACCAAGCAGGUCACUUGCAGGUAUUUUAUGCACGGUGUGUGUCGGGAAGGAAGCCAGUGCCUGUUCUCACACGACUUGGCGAACAGCAAGCCGUCCACCAUCUGCAAAUACUACCAGAAGGGCUGCUGCGCCUACGGGGCGCGUUGCAGGUAUGAUCACACGAGGCCCUCUGCUGCGGCUGGUGGGGCCGUGGGCACCGUGCCCCACAGGGUGCCCUCCCCGGGUUUCCACAGCCCUCGCCCUGCGUCUGAGCUCACCGCAUCAAUCGUGAAGACUAAUUUACACGAGCCUGGGAAGCGUGAGAAGAGGACAUUGGUACUGAGAGACCGAAAUCUCUCCGGCAUGGCUGAAGACAGGACCUGCCCUGGCGUGGGGAGUAGCCCCGGGGGCUGCAGCGACGCGCAGAGCGGCCCCGAGCUGAGGCCGCUCUCCUACCUGGACGCCAUCCGGAGCGGCCUGGACGACCUGGAGGCCGGCAGCUCGUACGGCGGCGGGCAGCAGCUGUGCCCCUAUGCGGCCGCCGGGGAGUGCCGCUUUGGGGACGCGUGUGUCUACCUGCACGGGGAUGUGUGCGAGAUCUGUAGGUUACGUGUCCUGCACCCCUUCGACCCCGAGCAGAGGAAAGCUCACGAGAAGGUCUGCAUGUCAGCGUUCGAGCACGAGAUGGAGAAGGCCUUCGCCCUCCAGGCGAGCCAGGACAAGGUGUGCAGCAUCUGCAUGGAGGUGGUCCUGGAGAAGGCGUCGGCCUCGGAGCGCAGGUUCGGGAUCCUGUCCAGCUGCAGCCACACGUACUGCCUGUCCUGCAUCCGCCAGUGGCGCUGCGCCAAGCAGUUCGAGAACCCCAUCAUCAAGUCUUGUCCAGAAUGCCGCGUGAUAUCAGAGUUUGUAAUUCCAAGUGUGUACUGGGUAGAAGAUCAGAACAAAAAGAACGAGCUGAUUGAAGCUUUCAAACAGGGAAUGGGGGCUCAGCACUGGAAAAGAGGAGGCAACACGGCACCGCUGAGUGACCGGCCACUGACAGGCGUGAGAAGAGCUCCGGAUGGUCGGUCCUGCCCGCGCUCGUGCGCUGUUUGUGUGGUGUCUGGUCUGGACUGAAGGGCUGGCUGUGCUUCCUGCGAGCUGUGUCGCGAGGAUGGAAUCUGAUCUGUGUUGCGGGGGCACCGGUGACGGUUAGCAGAACCCUGGGCUUUGUUUCCCGUGGCUGCUGGAACACGACCCAAACUGGGGGGCUAGAAACAGCGGACGCUGGCGCCCCACGGCUUGCAGGCUGGGAGCCCAAAACCAGGUGUGGGCAGGCAUGGCUACCCGGGGGCUCCAGGCCCCUCCCGGCUUCGGGGGGCAGCACCCCUCCGCCUCCACCUUCUCCCCUGCUUCUGUCCCUUCUGGCCCCUGUGAGGCUCUCCUGUGAGACCCUCGCAUUAACCCAGGACGAGCCCCUCUCGACAUCUCUCGCUGCGUCAGCAGACGUGGUUUCUCCAGAGGAGGGCCCUGUCCCCGGAACCAGGGGCUGGGAUGUGCCCACGGUGCAUCUCCCUGUACGUGGUUUCUCAGCCUGUUUCGGAGGCUGUCACGAAAUGGCACAGACCAGGGGACGUGAACGCCACAGGCGUGCUUACUGUUGCAGUUCUGGAGGCCGGGAAGUCCGAGAUAGCGUGCCGGCACCGUCAGGUUCCGGGGAGGGCCCCUGCAGGAGCGCUGCUCCCCUUCCCGAGGGCCCACCUCCCGGCUCCAUCACCUGUCUGCUGCCCCCGUCCCGCUGGGCCUGAGGGUUGCCGGGAACUCACACAGACUCAGACCGUGACCCGUGAUGCUGAAACGCACACAUACCAAAGCCAGCAGAGCAGGCUGCCUGCUGAAGCGCUGAUCUCCUCCUCUGCUGAAGGACACCGCUCCUGUUUACAACUGAGCUAUUUUGAAUAUUUUUUUUAGAAUUCCAUUUUAACUGACAUCUUUUAGCUUCUCUUUUUUCUUAACUGUUUUUUUUACUUGGGAUUACAAUGUAUUCCUAAUUUUUCAGGCAGUUAAUACUCCUAUUGCCAUACAUGAAAUGCAGUUACCUCCCUAUUAGCAUCUUUGUGGUACAGGUGUAAUACAUAUGCAUUAUAUUUACAUACAUAAGACUAACAAAGUGGUGGUCCAGUUUUAGAACUCGGCUUGACUGAGGUAUAAUCGACACUGCAGCUUGUUCAGUCACUGAGUUGUCUCCGGCUCUUCGCAACCCCAUGUACUGCAGCCAGGCAGGCUUCCAGCUGUCACCGCCUGAAGCGUGCUCAAGUUCACGUCCACUGAGUCGGUGAUGCCAUCCAACCACCUCAUCCUCUCUCGUCCCCUUCUCCUGCCUUCAGUCUUUCCCAGCAUCAGGGUCUUUUCCAGUGGGUCAGUUCUUCAUAUCAGGUGGCCAAAUCAUUGGGGGUUCAGCUUCAGCGUCAGUCCUUCCCAUGAAUGUGGAAACAGUGAUCUCUUUUAGGACUGGCUGGUAGGAUCUCUUUGCUGUCCCAGGGACCCUCGAGAGUCUUCUCCAGCACAAUUAGAAAGCACCAGCUCUUUGGCGCUGGGCCUUCUUUAUGGUCCAACUCCCACAUCUGUCCGUGCCUACGGGAAGAAAUCACAGCUUUGAGUAUACAGACCUUUGUUGGCAAAGUGAUGUCUCUGCUUUUUAAUAGGCUGUCUAUCUAGGUUUGUUAUAGUUUUUCUGUCAAGGAGCAAGUGUCUUUUAAUUUCUUGAUUACAGUCACAAUCUGGAGUGAUUUUUGGAGAGAGGAAAAUAAAGUCUGUCACAAUUUCCAUUUUUUCCCCAUCUAUUUGCCCUGAGGUAAUGGGACUGGAAGACAU